ACGGUCUUCGGGCUGUAGUGGAUCUUCAGCGCUUCAAGAACUGUAUCCGGACGGAGUUCUACUUAGAAUAUCUAGUAACCACCAGUGAAUCAAAAGAGUGAAAAUGAUCGUCAGGUUGAUGGGAAUAGUGACAGUGUUCACAUCCUUCGCUCCAACGUUCCUGGAAGCCCGUCCAGAGCCUCCGGUCGGUGGUGGAGGUCCUGGCGGUCCCUAUCCCCCAUCCAGACCGGAGCCUCCGAGUGGAGGCUACAGCUAUGGACCACCGCCGCUACCGCCAUCCAUCUCCGUCAACAGCUACGCCUCAGCGACUUCAGAGUACGGCCCACCAACGCAAGCGCCCAUCAUCCACAAACACGUUUACGUGCACGUUGCUCCACCAGAGCAAGAUAUCCCUGCCACCCGCAAACCAUUCACCGUCCCACCUCCCCAGAAGCACUACAAGAUCGUCUUCAUCAAGGCGCCAUCGCCGCCGUCGCAAGCCCCACCGGUGAUUCCCCUCCUGCCGCAGAACGAAGAAAAGACCCUCGUAUACGUUCUAGUCAAAAAGCAGGACGAACAACCGGAAAUUGUCAUCCCGACGCCUGCGCCAACGCCCCCAUCCAAGCCGGAAGUCUACUUCAUCCGCUACAAAACGCAGAAACAGGAAGGGAACCCCGGAGGUCCAUAUCCGGAGAGCGGUUCUCCCGCAGGAAACGCCCCGUCUAUCAGCGGAGACUAUGGAGCGCCUCCGAGUCAAACUCCCAGCAACAGCUAUGGUGUACCACUAUAGGUCGGUCCUGUCCGAGUAUAUCUUCCAUAAAUUUCUCAAGCUGUUCAGUUCAGCAGCGACGACGACAGUCUGAUUGAUAUAUAUAUUUUUGUUUAUUAUUAGGAUUUUAGUACGUAACCGUUUUCUAGUGUGCAAUCG